CGAUAUCAUACACCCUGUCCUUUUGGCAGCAUAUAAAGCAUACAGUAUUUAGCCAGCGUGUACAACACGUACCAGAACCCUUAAUCGUCGUAACUGUCACAUUGUCCAGCUACCAUUGUAUUGAUCUGUGCGCGGUCCACUCAAUCAAGGCAGACACAAUGGUUCCUGAGUCCAUCCUUACACUAGCCAGCUUAAUCGGUGACAAUGCAUUGGUUUUGGACGAGUUUUAUUCAUCGAGUGGCCAUCCUAGCCCAUCCUUCGGCCCUGGGGCGUUACCCACCAGGAACAUCCUUCCGUCUUCUAGUCCCGCGCGGGUUCAAGAUGCACGCAAGUCCCUUAUAAGCGCUACACGAGCUUUACUGGAUCUUGUUCUGGGACCCGCUGGUCUUCUGGAGGAUAUCAACGCAAACGAUGUUCUGUGUAUGCAGGUCAUUCAUCGGUACCGCAUUGCUCAAUGCUUUCAACCCGGCGAAAUAGUCUCGUUUGAAGAGCUUUCCAGUCGAUGCGGACUCAACGUGAUCGACUUGAAGCGCGUCCUCCGCCUCGCCAUGACACGACAUGUCUUUUCGGAACCGAAAUGUGACUUUGUGGCCCAUACAGCAGCCACCAGACUACUAGCCGAGGACGAGAGAACCCGCUCGUUUUCGGGUAUCAUCUGCGAAGAACGCUUUCCAUCGUCUGCACGAUCUGUCGAAGCUCUUGUAAAAUAUGGAGAAAGCAGGUCUUCAAAUCAGUCGGGGUUUUCCUUGGCUAACAACACCAAAUCUGGCCUCUACGAGGAGCUCAAGAAAUGGCCCGAGCGCCUAGAACGAUGGAACAGCGCGAUGAGCGCAAUGGCCGCCCAGAUUAAUUUUGACUUCAUACUCAGCAGCGUCCCAUUCAAACUCUAUGCACCAGGGUCUCUCUUCGUUGAUGUUGGAGGAGGGAACGGCGUCAUAAGCUUGGGCUUAGCCAAGCAACUGCCAAAUUUCCGCUUUCUUGUACAAGAUGCUGGCCUCCAUACAUCGUGUCUGCCUUCAACACGCACAUCAAAUAGUGACCACAUUAUUCUAGGCGAUAAUGAUACCGUGAGUUGGCAGCUUCAUGAUUUCUUUACUCCACAGACCGUUGUCGCAGACAUCUAUUACUUCCGCAACAUCUUCCACAACUGGCCCGAUGCCGAAUGUGUCCAGAUUCUGAGGAAUCAUAUACCGGUGAUGCGCCCAGCGACGAGGCUGAUCAUUGAUGAUUUUACAUUGCAUGAACCACUUACUGUAUCUCCGUUUGAGGAGCGACGCAGAAGAUCGAUGGAUGUAACAAUGCUAGUGUACUUUGGCUCUCACGAGCGUACCAUCGUUGAGUGGCAGAAGAUCCUCAACAUAGCUGAUCCGCGGUUCAUGUUGGAGAAGAUUACUCGGGAUCCGAAGCAGCCUAAUGCAAUUCUUGAGAUUUCAUUCGCCGGGUGAGGUGCCUACCUACGUUGUCGUCUAUUACAAUAUUACAGCUUCUAGGAUACUUUGGAUUCAUUAUGAACCGAGGUAUCCGGAGCCAUCAAUCAUCCAGUAAAUCAAUUCCAGUGAAACAA